AUGGCCCGAGCCAAUCCCUCUCAUGACGUUACCCACAUUCCACCCGUCGUGAAACAGCUAGCUCCUUACGUCAAGUCCCGCCAGGAAGCUCUCCAGAUCCGCCAGGCAUUGACCUCUUAUCUACGCUCCUUUAUCGUAUUCAAAGACCAGCCAAUUGAUCCUACUCAAUCCCACCUCACCCUGUGCGCGCCCACCGAUGCCGUCGCGGACGUCAACCGCAUCCCUGCCGAUCUCCCUGGGCUGCGAAAGGAUUACCUGAAGGCACUGGCUGCCAACGUCGCCGCUCGCAAAGAGUUCGCCUCCGCCUCUGAGAAUGUCGCGUCUCUGAGGCGCCAAAGAACCCCCCCGAACCGCCCCAAUGACGAUCUGCAAGAACCCAGCGCUGAACUUCGUGAUUACCUUGCCCUCUUGCGUGAUCGCCGUCGACAUGCAAAGCUCCAGGUGUUUCAGCAGUACCUUGAAGAAAUCAAAUCGCGAGAUACGGGUGACCUGGGGGAUAUUGGAAUCGAGGGGGAGCAAACAGUGUUACCAGAGGCGGAUGCAGAGGGGCAGAACGGCACCGGGACAGAAUUGGAUGAACUUGUUCAUAGUCUUGAGAGAGCGGUGGUUCGCGCCAAAACUCAAUUGGAUCGUCAAAAGCAGCUGUUUGAAAAGACCAAAGCGCAGCACGACUCUCGGCCCGAGAGCCAGACCCAAGUUUCACCGGACGCCAAAGCUCAAGCUCUACAAAGGACCCGGGACGAGCUGGUCCAGUGGGUGGAGGAACGACUAGUUGGCCAAGGAGAUCCGGACGAAAGUCUCCUCCAUGAGCUUCCACCCGAGGAAAUCGAAGCAGCCCAGCAAGAGCUAGAAGACCGCAAGGCCCAGAUUGCAGGUCAGUAUACAGCAUAUCUACAAGCUCGGCGCGAGCUCCUCGACGCCGCCUCAAGAGCCUGCCAACCCGUCAACGUGGCCCCCAAACCCUCCUCUCGACCAGCCAGCAAGCCCGACCUCGUUCCCGCAGAAGUCCCCUCGCUCGCCCCAAUCGACGUCUUGUCCUACGCGAACGAAAACCUACUCCCGCUAUCCAAGAGCCAGAAGUCCCUCUCUCUCCAAAAAUCAUAUCUAUCGGGCCUCCUCUCCAAAGAAAAAUCCACAACGCUCCGCGCUCUCAAUCGCCUGAGCGAUGAGUCCCAUCUUCUGCCCGAGUACCCCAUCCAAGCACCGCGCGCUAAGCACCCCCGAGCCCAGCCUCAGCCCGAGCAGAAUGACGAGGUCGUCGGUCUUGCUGAAGCAUGGGCAUUCGCUUCUGCUGCCGCUGAUGCCAAUGGACGAGAAUAUGUGCAGCAGAAACUUGCGCUGGGCACGGAGGUUACCCGGGAUGCGCGGCAGACUCUAGUUGAUGUUUAUGGGACUCUUAAUCAGGAGCUUGAUGAAGCCAUAGACGGGCAGAGUCGGGAUGCGCCUAUCUCCACACGAGGGUUGAGGGGUGGGUCUCGAGUUGAGAAGCGGUUAAGGGGUCCUUGGGCGAGGUUGGAUGGGGAGAUUGGUUUAGAGUAG